AUGCUAAAACAAGAACAAUUAAGUGAAUUAAGUGAAAUACAAAGUCAAUUCUUUUCCGAUAUAGAUGAAACUGAAGAAUUCAAAGAAGCCCUGAAUUUAUAUGUAAAGCCACAAGGAACGUGGAAUGUGUCAAUUAUUAAAUCCUUAGAUAAUGAAAAGGAAAUGGUUUCCGAAGAUAAAAAGGGUGAUGUUGAAAAAGUGGUUAAUGGCUUUUUAGGAUCAAAAGAUAGACUCUCCUCAUAUGAUAAAGAGAUUCUAGAGAAAGCAGCAAACGAACUUUUGAAUUCAAAAGAUAAAACAUCCUUAAUAAAUACAGUUAACGGCUUUUUUGCACAAGAAAAUCGAUUAACUUUAGAAGAUGAAAAGGAUCCGAAUAGAAUAAUUAUACAUGAAGAAAAUGUAAAAUUUCUUGAACUGGAAUCAAGGAACUAUCUAGUAUCUAAAGAUAAAGAAAAAUUUAAAAAUGCGGUUAGUAAAUUGAUGGAUUUAAAAUCUAAAAAUUUUUUAGAAAUAGCAGUUAAUAACAUCCUGGCUUCGAAGUGUAAAAAAGUACUAUUGAUAUUAGGUGUAGGGGGCACGGGUAAAUCGACUUUUAACCGUUAUCUUGCUCGUCGCCUAUGGAAUGAACAUGAUCAAUCGAAUAUGACGCAGCCAAUUCCUUUAUUUAUUGCAUUGGCGCAAUUGAAAGAAGGAAUGCUAAACCGAAAUCAGGACUUUAUCGAAAUUUAUUUAAAAGAAUGUGGUUUAUCCUUGGACACAAUUAAAGUUUUACGUGAAAGAAAGUUUGUAUUUAUUUUAGAUGGAUAUGAUGAAAUUUCUGAACGUGAACGUCACUGCUACGAAAGCAAUAAAUUUAAUAAAUGGAAAAAUUCGAAAGUUAUCAUCAGUUGCCGACCAGAAUAUUUAGGUUCAGGAUAUAAAAAUAAGUUCUUACCAAAAAAUGGUGAAAGAGGAUUUCAGGAAUUGACGAUCACACCAUUUUCUCAGACUGAAAUAGAACAGUACAUAAAAAAUUAUACUCAAAAUAAAGGACAUUUAUUGGAUUGGGACGCAGAUACGUAUAUACAGCAAAUAAAGAAUAUUCAAAUAGAAAAGAUAGUCAUUAAUCCCAUUUUGUUAAAGAUUACCCUGAUUGUCUUACCAGACCUUGUUAAUGAAUAUGUAACAAUAGACCGCCAAAUAAAUCGUAUAGUUUUAUAUGAAAAAUUUUUUGAAACAUGGUUUAGCCGUGCACAAAAUCGCCUGUUAAAAAUUCAACUUAAAGAUAAGGAAAAAGAAGCAUUUAAUAACUUAGAUUCAGAAGAUUUUUUAAAAUAUUGUCUAAAAUUUAGUAAAGAUUUCGCUGUCAAAAUGUUUGAAGAUAAUAAUAAAGUGGUCAUAGACUAUGAUCCAGUAAGUGAGGAAAUUAAAUCGAAUUGGUCAAGCUUUUUCAGCAAUGAAGAUACAAAGCACUGUUUGCUACGCUUUAGCAUGCCAUUAAUCCGACGUGGGAACCAAUAUUGGUUUCUUCAUAAAACCUUGCGAGAUUAUCUAAUUGCUAGUGUAUUUCUGGAAUCGUGCAAAUCUACAUUACAUACUGCACUCUUUAAUAAGCAUUUACUUGUGUCAGAACAUGAUGUCCGACAAUUUUUGGUUGAAUUUAUCCAACAAAAAGAGACUUAUAUACAAAAAUUAUUAUCUAUAAUUAAUAGCUCUAAAAAUGAUGAUAAGGUUCAAAUUGCUUCUGCUAAUGCUAGUACAAUUCUAAUACAGGCUGGUGUAACAUUGAAAAAUUUAAACUUAACUGAUAGUAAUAUUUCAGGAGCAGAUUUGAGCAAUGGAGUAUUCGACAAUUUGCAACUAGCAAGGUCCAAGUUAAAUAAUGUGAAUUUUCAAAAUGCAAGGCUUCAAAAUACAAAUCUCCAAAAUUCUUCUCUCCAAAAUGCAAAUUUUAAAGGCGCAGAUCUCUCGUCUGCAAACCUUCAGAAUGCGAUUCUUCAUUAUGCGGAUUUCCAAAAUGCAAAGCUUUUAAAUGCAAAUCUCCAAAGCACUUCUUCACAAAAUGCGAAUUUUGAAGAUGCAAAUUUUUCGUCUGCAAACUUUCAAAAUGCGAUUUUUAAUAAUGCAAAUUUCCAAAAUGCAACUUUUAAUAGUGCAGACUUUCAAAAUACAAUUCUUAAUAAUGCGAAUUUUCAAAAUGCAAAGCUUAUAAAUACAAAUCUCCAAAACUCUUUUUCUCAAAAUGCAAAUUUUAAAGGCGCAGAUCUCUCAUUUGCAAAUUUUCAUAAUGCUAUUAUUCAAGAUGCAAUUUUUCAUAACUCAUGUCUUAAUAAUGUAAAUUUUGAAGCUGCGUUUCUCAGAAGCAUCAAUGUAAAUCUUCGUACAUAUCUUCAAGGCACAAAUCUUCAAAACUUUAGUCUCCAAUACAAGGUUCACGUAUUUGUAAAUCUUCAAGACAUAAAUCUCAGAGGUACGAGUUUUAAAGGUUUGAAUCAGCAGAUUAUAUUAGUGCUUCGAUUCUAUUCUUUAGAGGCCAUUCGGAUUAAAUUCGAUAAUCCGAAUCCGAAUAGGUCCAGAUUUAAUUAUUAA